AUGUCCACACGAGUCCAACACGUCCACAAGUCCACAUGUCCAACACGUCCACAAGAGUCCAACACGUCCACAAGAGUCCAACACGUCCACCAUGUCCACACCUUCACAAGUCCACAUCCACCACGUCCACACGAGUCCAACACUUUCACAAGAGUCCAACACUUUCACAAGAGUCCAACACGUCCACAAGUGUCCAACAUGUCCAGCACAUCCACCAUGUCCACGAGUCCACACCUCCGCGAGUCCACACCCGCACCACGUCCACAAGAGUCCAACACGUCCACACAAGUCCAACACGUCCACAAGAGUCCAACACGUCCACACGAGUCCAACACGUCCACAGACGUCCACACGUCCACACCUUCACACGUCCACACCUUCACACGUCACACCGUCACACGUCCACACACGUCCACACGUCCACACCUUCACACGUCCACACUUCACACGUCCACACCUUCACACGUCCACCACCGUCCACACGUCCACACACCUUCACACGUCCACCACCUUCACACGUCCACACGUUCCACACGUCCACACCUUCACACGUCCACACCUUCACACGUCACCACCUUCACACGUCACCACCUUCACACGUCCACACCUUCAACACGUCACACGUCCACACUUCACACGUCACCACACCUUCACACGUCCACACCUUCACACGUCCAACACGUCCACACACGUCCACACCUUCACACGUCCACCACCUUCACACGUCACCUUCACACGUCCACACACCUUCACACGUCCACCACUUCACACGUCCACACUUCACACGUCCACACCUUCACACGUCCACACCUUCACACGUCCACCACCUUCACACGUCCACACCUUCACACGUCCACACCUUCACACGUCCACCACCUUCACACGUCCACACCUUCACACGUCCACACCUUCACACGUCCACCACCUUCACACGUCCACCACCUUCACACGUCCACACCUUCACACGUCCACACCUUCACACGUCCACCACCUUCACACGUCCACACCUUCACACGUCCGGACCCUCACCAGUUUUUAGGUUUAGGGAAGAAGUUUUUCUGA